AUGGUGGCUGGUGGGUCCCCUCGCACCCUGCUACCAGUACAAAAACUGCCCACACGGCGUCAAUUCCUCUUUCACAGGCAUAACCACUUAUCUGUCUCUUCUUCACUCAGCGAAAUGGAGAAGAAGGAGAAGGAGAAAAGCGAAGAGCCUUGGGUUGGCCGCCGCAUCCUCGGGAUCGCCGCCGCGGGCGCUGUCGCGGUUGCCGCCGGUGCCUUCUUGCUGCUGUCCUCGGUCGGGGACGACGAGCAAGCGGCAGAUGAUACGACGGCCAGGCCGAGGAAGACGAUGAAGGGGCCGGGCUCCGGUGGCGAGCACAUCUCCCGCGACAAGUUCGAGAAGGACGCCGCGAACUACUUCAGGACCGGGCGUCAGAAGGGACCCAAGGCCGCCGUUGACGAAUUCCAGUAG